AUGCCCAUCAAGCUGCCCAAGACCUUCGCCCGCCGAAAGUCAUCCGGCAAUGUCUUGGAUGAAUUGGAUACCACCCCUCAGUCGUCCUUCCGGGUCUUCGAGCGUCCUGGUCCUCACCGGUCCAUGACCGAUGGCGCCCCGCUGACCAAACGCAUGAGUGAGGGCAAUGUCGUCCCGUCGAUGCUGGAGGAUUCCGAUAACAUUUUCGCGGGCACGGAACGGCCCUUGCCCAAGAGCCGGUAUGAACGCUCCCGACCCAUGGAUUCCCUCAGGAAACGACUGACCCGGCGCCGUGAUAGUGGAGGGACCUACGAGAGUUCUACCUCGACCCGGCUGAGCUCUUCGUCCACUCUGCCGUCUUCUACAGAAGUCCCGCCCGACGAUUCCCUAUCCCCGCACUCGAGACUCCAUGACAUCCCCGUUCCACCGCCACUCUCUGGUGCGUUGCGUGCCGCCGGUCGAACAUUCUCGUUUGGCGGACGGUUCAAGACCUCGACUCCGCCUGUUCCAGCACAACGGAGCACUCCAGAUGUCUCGGCAAGGCAACGGGCGAUGACGGGAAGCACCGACAACACGGCCACCCCGCCCAAACUACCGGACUCGAAUUUCGAUCUCGGGACGGGCAGCGAUGAUUUCCACAAGAUGUUUGAUAAUUUGGGCCAGCGGGACGGUUCAGCAGUCCGGGAUCCCUCCCCUCAACCGGCUAACAAGGUAAUACGCCGUGAUCCUCCGUAUCUCCAGACCAAGCUCACGGUUUCACAGUACUCCUCUUCUCCGCCGACGCAUGUGCUGCCCGAAUUUCGGAGCAAGAGUCCCCGGCCUGCUCCAAUCCGGACCGAUCGAUCGACGGCUGUUGAACCCUCCCCAUACUCAUGGGAUAGUCGUCAUUCCGAGGAAGGGUUGCUCAACGAUGAAGAUGUGGUGACGGAGAAGGACCUAUCAUCCCAGUCUCCUACAGUCACUGGUUUCCGGGGAGUGUCGCCGUCUCCGAACCAAAUGGCAGCUGCCACCACUUCUCAUCGUGCAUUGGAGCGACCAAGAAGGAAAUCUGAAAUGGGAUUAAGGCGAAGUGGAGUAUACUCAGGGCGGCGGGAAUCAUUGCCCUUUGAAGACGAAGAUGCCAAGCUGGUUAGACAAUCUCUUCUGUGGAGUCAAGAAAACGCCCCCCGAUGGGCUGAGGGUGCCACCCCAGCCCACGAGGCCUCGCUUGGUGACCAGGGCAACGCGACGAUGACUUCGGAACCAGAUCACAUGUUUUCGGAUCGUCACUCGCCUGGUCUGGCGGAUCCGGUGGACCCAUUGAUCGCGGACCAGGCGCGCCUGGCUGUGCAAUUCGCCGAAAAUAUACCCAAGUCCACUUCCCCAGGCAACAAGGUUAUGACUCCAUCCCAAUUCGAACACUAUCGCCAGCAGCAGGAACUUCGACGAUCCAAUAGUGAUGCGUCUCGGAGUGAUGCAGACUCAGAGAACGAAGAAUUCGAUGAGGAGGACGAGGCCGAGAAGCAGCGCGAGGCAGAACGGCAGCGGCGGAAGCAGGAGGCUCAUCUGUCUGUAUACCGCCAGCAGAUGAUGAAAGUGACCGGCCAGCAAGCACCCGCGCCAUCCCUCCGUCCCGUCAUGAGCGGAGCCAGCAGCAGCACGCCCAACCUGCCGAACCGCUUGUCCAACCCCGGGGACAAGUCCACCAGUGGGAAAAGUAGCGAGGAAGACGACGAGGAAGUCCCGCUGGGCAUUUUGGCAGCGCAUGGAUUCCCUAACCGCAAUCGGCCUCCCACCCGCCUGGCCAACGCCAGCUCCAACCCGAACCUUCGCGCAUCCGCCCAACCGUAUGCAUCGUCAGCGAGUUCAGUGGCCGGUGCUGAAAACGAUAUGGGCAACCGGAACAGCUUGCCAGUUUUUGCGAGAAACCUGCCGCGCGAUCCCUAUUUUGGCGCCGGGUUGGUCAACCCAUCCAAUCGAGAGUCGCUGGCCUUGGGUGGUGGCUCAGUAUAUGGGGGAUCCUCGUCCCCGAUGCCUCCCGGUGGGCUUGUGGGUGUGAUUGCGAACGAGGAGCGGGCCCGUGCGAUGAGGAGAGGAAGUCCAAACACCCAGGCAAUGUACGAGCAGAUGGGAGGUAUGGGAGGCGUGCCGCGGCCGUACUCGAUGGCACCGCAACAGCAACCCCAAGGCAUGUCCGCCACCGAGCAGGCGCAGGUACAGCUGUCGCAGCAGAUGGCCAGCAUGAUGCAGAUGCAGAUGCAAUGGAUGCAGCAGAUGAUGCAAAUGCAAGGAGUGCAGGGCCCACCACCGCCAAUGAUGAAAGGUGGCAUGCCCAUGCCGCCCAUGAUGGGUGGUCCACCAAUGCCCGGUGUCCCCAUGGGUCCGCCCUCGAUGGCAGGACCUCCCUCUAUAGCAGGAGGCCAGUCAAACAUGAGACCGGUUUCCAUGCCAAGCUCGGCUACGCUCAAUGUCCCUCCCUCCACGGGGUCAUCUCAUCUCGACCAGCGUCCACUUAGUAUGCUCGACCCGAACAUUUCAACUCGACGAACCGGCUCUCCGAUGCCCAAUCUGUCUGGGGCCCUGUCCCCGCCCAACACAGCCGGCUACGCUCCGUCGAUCACCCCGUCUGAGCGUAGCAAUGCGGGCAUGGCAUCUCGGUACCGGCCGGUGUCAGUCACACAAGGUGACUCCGCCAUGUCUCCUAUGACCAAGCCGUGGGAGGACGAGAACUACCACGCAUCCAUGUCCACCUCUCAACCCCAUGCAUCUAUACCCAAGUCAUCCUCGUUUGCCACGGUGACUUUCCGACCCGCCUCCAGUGACAGUCGCGCCGUAGGCCGCCAACCGCGCAGCGCUUCGGACGACGAAGAUGACGACGAAGCCUGGGCUGAGAUGGCGAAGAAGCGAGACAAGAAGAAGAGCAACUGGAAGAUGAAGCGAGGCACAUCUUCUUUCGGGGAUUUGCUGGGAGCUGUGCACUAA